AUGUGUCAACCGGACUUACGCCAUCAUUUAACAGUACAUGCAGCCAAUAUAAUCGGUGUUAUAUGCUACAUACAUGGUUUAGUUUGGGCUAUCGCACCGUUUCUCAUGAUGUACGGAUACGUUUACGAGCCAUCAAGACUUGCGUGCACACCAGAUUGGUCACAUGACAAUAUUGGAUACAUUCUUGGACUCGUUUUGAUUCAGGGACAUGCAAUAAGAACACGAUUCAACUCAUCUUUUGACAGCAAUGUUGCGUUCAAUACGGCGAUUACAUUAGGUACAUUCUUCAUCACAUGGACACCGUAUAUGUGUAUUGCUCUUCAUAAAACUCUCGGAAUGGAAGGACAAAUUAACCUAUCCAAAGAAAUAACGCUUAUUCCCUUGGUCGCGGCUAAAACGGCAGGAUUAUGGCAUCCGCUUGUCUUUGGUUUAAACAACAAUGAUAUUCGUACUGUCAUUAGAUCUGAG